UUUUUAGAACAAACGAUGCAAGGUUGCUAAGUAACGGAAAGAUUUUGUUUUAAAUUUAAACAAAUUUAAAGAAGAAAAAAAAAUAAAUUUAAUAAAUAAUAUACAUAUAAUUGAAUAUUAUACAAAUACAAGUGAUAAUGUGAAUAUUUUCAAUUAAUUUAAAGGAUUUUUAAUUAAAAACAAAUUUUAUAUUAAUAAAUUUUCACAAAAUAAAAAAAAUAAAACUAAAAAAAAAAUAAUGGUUACGACAAGUGAUGUAAAAUCUACAAAUGCUGCUGCCACAACGAAUUUAAAAAAUGAUACAAAAUUUACCACAAAUAAUGUUGCUUCAGCAAAUUUUAAAAACACCUCAAUGUCAUCGAUCAGCACUAUUACAAGUAAAACAGAAACAUCGACGACAUUGGGUGAUCCAAAUAUGGGUGCAAUUAAAAAACGUCUUGAAUCCAUGACAGAUGAAGAAAUUAUACAAAGAAAUUUAAGGGAAUUAAUGGAGAAAAAGAAUCGAGAAGAACGCAAGGCCAAUGGUCGUUUGGUAGCAGUAAUUUUGGCCUCAUUAGUCAUAUUUUUAGCGAUUUAUCACGCAUGGAUACGUAACCCUGAAAACAAAUUGGCUGGUGUUUUAGUACCGGCCGUUAUAAUGUUGUCAUUUGGUGGCUGGGUUGUGGUCUUGGCUAAACGUGAUAAAGCCAGAAGACAAAUGUUUGAAAAAUAUUUGGAAGAAGUGGCUAUAAAAAAUAAACAAGAAUUAGAAGCAAAAUCCAAAUCCAAGACUAAAAAGCCGCAUGACAAAAAAUUAUCUAACGAAAUAUUAUUACAUUUUGAAAACGAAAUUAAUAAAGAUCACUUGUCAACGGCCACCACAUCGAUACUCAAAAACAAUGAUCAUCGUAAACAUCGCAAACAUAGAAAUGCUUCGAACAGUGAUGGUUACAGUACCACCUCCUCAUCAAGCUCUAAGAAAUCAUCACAUUAUGCCACCAAAGAUUUGCGCGUUAAAAGACCUAGUAUAAGACAAAAACUCUUUCGACAAUCUGGCAUCUAUCACAUGCCAAAUACGACAGUAAAUGCCACACAAACACUGGUACAGGCUGUCAUUAAUACACCGGUACCACAGUGUGCUGAACCGCUUAUAAGUGCAGCACCUCCUAAAACAUUGAUGGAAAAGAAACGUAAACGUCUGCAAAGAUUGGACGCUUUACAAGUGCCUGCAAUGGUGCGUAUGAGUUCGGCACCAUAAAAUCGAAAAACAAAAAACAAUCAUACGCUCUAGGUUCAAACUAAUGAAUAUAAUGUGGAUGUUUGGUUGAGUGUUAACGUCAUGUGCUGGUGGCGUAAACAGCAUCCUUAAUAAAUGUAUAUAAAAACAGGAAAUGAAUAAAAAAGUAGUAUAAAUAUUUAAAAAUAAUGUUGUUUAUAAAUUUGUCUUGUGUUUUUUCCCCCUUUUAUUAUCAUCUUAAUUUAUUUUAAAUAUAAU